AUGACCGUUGAAAACGCGAAAGCGCACCGCAUGUACACAAUAAAUGCUGUAGAUGAGUCUCGAGAGGCGGCAACCUAUGGUAGGAAGCCACCAGAAAAUGUUAUUCCUAAAGACAUUAAUAACUGCGGUGGUUUCUUGCCAACUAUAAAGUUGAGUAUCGAAUCGCGAGUCAUGUUAAGGCGUAAUAUUUCCGUAUCUGAUGGGCUCGUGAAUGGUGCCAUGGGCAUUGUUAAGAAAAUUAAAUGGCCUGCUCUCCGAAGAGAUCAAUUGGAGGAAGGCGAGUUGCCUGAAUCUGUGCUUAUAAAAUUUGAUGACGCGAGUGUUGGCCAUAGAAUAAAAGAUAAUGACGGUUAUGUAGCAAUCUCACCUGCUUGUACAACAUUUCAAGCGCAAAGAGGAUAUGGAGAUGUCGAACGAAGAAUGUUACCGCUCAUCUUAAGCUGGGCAGUAACCGUUCACAAACUUCAGGGUACAACCCUUGAUAAAGCAGUGAUCGAUUUAGGAAAGAAGAAUUUCGCUAAAGGACAGAUUUAUGUAGCCCUCAGUCGCGUCAAAACCUUAAAUGGCAUUGCCAUAUCUGAUUUGGAUGCAAAUAAACUAUUAAAUCGACCCCACGAUGAAAAAUCAUUAAGAGAAAUGACACGCUUGCGUGAUCUUUAA